AAUUAAUUUUGAAAAAUACUUAUUAUGAAAAUUAGGGAGGAACUGAGGAAUAGAGGAAGGGAAGUUUUGAUCACCAAUGGCUUCUACACCAAGAACGCGCAAAUCAUCUACUCCGCUCACUCCCAUCGUCAACCAGAAACCCUCUAGAAAUCGAAUUUCGCCGCCGUCAGAUUCAUCGCCCCUCGAACCAUCCCAGAAUUUCUUCCCCACCUCAAGGGCGGAGUUCUUGAGGCUCGUCUCUGUAAUCUCCAUCGCCGCCUUCAUAGCUUUCGUGUGUAAUUACAUAGCCUCAGUUGUAGAUCGACAGCCCAAACCCUUUUGUACUACCAAUUCGGAGUUGGAUGACGCCCUAUCUGAUUUGUGUGAGCCUUGUCCAACUAAUGGAGUAUGCUAUGAUGGAAAAUUGGAGUGUGAACAUGGAUUUCGGAAGCAUGGAGACUUAUGUAUAGAGGAUUCAAAACUUAGUGAAGUGGCCAAGGAACUAUACAAAUUUGUAGAAGAUCAUGUGUGUAAGGCGUAUGCUCAUCAUAUGUGUGGUGGCUCUGGUGCUCUUUGGGUUCAAGAAGGUGAGAUUUUGAAUAGAUUCGAGGAAAAUAAGUUGACGAAGCAUUAUGGCAUAAGUGGUGUUGCAUAUGGUCAUUCAAAGCAGCGAGCUAUUGAGGCAGUUGACAAAAUGCUUGAGAGAAGGAUGGGCCACCAUGAGAUUAAGGAGGUGAAGUGUCCAGAUCAGCUAGCUCAAAAGCAUAUACCUCUUUCUUGUUGUGUUCAGCUUUGGAUAGCAAAGCAUGCGAUAACAUUACUUGCUGCUGGUGCAUUGCUUGUUGGGUGCUCUGUGAUAUUGUUGAAGGUCAGGCGGAGGCACUACUUAUCAGUCCGAGCAGAAGAACUCUAUAAUAAGGUUUGUGAUGUAGUUGAAGAUAAGGCACUGGCUGCAAGGAGUACAAACAAUGAGUGUGAACCAUGGGUGAUGGCUUCAUGGCUACGAGAUUAUCUUCUUUCACCCAAGGAAAGGAAGGACCCGUUGUUGUGGAAAAAGGUUGAGGAGUUGGUUCGUGAAGAUUCACGAUUAGAACAGUACCCUAAGGUGGUGAAGGGUGAAUCUAAGGUUGUCUGGGAAUGGCAAGUUGAGGGCUCUCUAAGCUCAUCAGGGAAGAAAAAAACACUCAAUGGGGAAAGGCCAGAGUUAAGUAAACAAAUGGACUUAUCUUCUCAACAGAAAGGCUGGGUAUCAAAGGUAUCUGCUGCUUUUACAUAGCUGAGGUGGUUUUAUAGAGGCGGGUGAACAUCUGUGUAUGCCCACAGAUCAUUGUAACCUCUUACGCUAGGAAACAUGUAAUCCCUAUUAGACUAGUCCGGGAACACGUAAUCAAACUCUUAUUAAAUUUGACCUUUACAGAGUUUAAAUGAAGAACCAUUCUGGUAGAGGAGGCACUAUGUCGAUUAUAGCAAUGUCAGAACAUUUUAGACUCGUUUUAAGGGAAGGUGCUCAACUAAAAUCAUCCUAAUUUU